AUUUUAUACUUAUACUUAUUUUUUUUUACUAAUUAUUUUCUAAAUUUGCUGAUAAUAUGAUUUUUUUUAUUUAAUUAGCAUGCAUAAAUACAUUAUAAAAACUAGAUUUUUAGCACCACUUAAACCUCUUGGGCUUGCGUGUGAUACUUUACAUUUCGUUCACAAAUGUCAAUAUAUUUACAUUAAUAUUCUGCUGUUUUCACAAGCUUGGACAGUAAAUACGCUUUCAGUUUAAACUUUAUGUUUUUAACAGUGAUAUUGUUCUAUGUAGGCAAAUUCGCGGAUUUAAGUAAAUUUUUAUUUGUUAUUUUUUUUUUUAUAUUAAAUAUUGCUAUCACAUAUAUUAAUAUAAUAUAUAUAUUAAAAUGGAAUGGAGUGUUAAAAAAACUUUUGACUUUGUAAAUUGGUUAAAAUUAACUGUGAAACGUAUGUACGAGUAUGUGGUGUUAAAUUUUAUAAUCUAUCGUUAACCGGAUAUUUUUGGAUUGUUAAUCAAUAAGCUGGUUAAAUUAACCUUUGAACCUUUGAUGAAAUAACCUAACCAUGAAUAGAAAUGACUCAUACUAUAUGUUAAAUACUGAUUUAUCUCAAAUUUGGCAAAUGAGUUUCAAUGCAACACAAAAAUUAAACAAAUCCGGUUAAUAAUUGAAUUUUAGAUUAUAUAGAUAGAGGCAUCAAGUCUCAAAAACGGACCAACAUUUUGUCGGCUAAUUGUCAAAUUAGCUGACUCGUUUUUUUUAUCAGUGUUCUAUAUACACACGCACACAAUGUAUCUUGACGUAUCUAUAUUUAAUUAUUUAAUAAAUAAAAUGAGUGUUUACGCAUUAAAAAGAUGCAAAAAUUAUAAGACAAAAUAAAUAUAGAAGUUAUAAAGGAAUCGCUCGUAACUAUUUAUCACGUAAAAUUUUAUGAAAAAGUUGUGCCGCUUUUUUCGAAAGCUAUUAUAUGGAGACACUCAUACAUACAUACAUACAUAUCUGUCACGCCUGUCUCCCAUUAGGGUAGCGCAGAAACAAUGGAACGCCAAAUGCUUCGAUUCAAACAAACCUCUUUCGCUUCCUCCACAUUCAUCAAUCUUUUCAUACACGCUCGCCGGUUACGGGUACUUUUAAUUUGUCCCUUCUUCAGCACGUCGCCUAUUUGGUCAACAUACGUCCGUCUAGGGCGGCCCCUACCGACAUCUCCAUUCAUUCUUGCUCGAUAAAAUGGAGACACUCUAUCUAUAUAAUCUAAGUAUUGAAUAUUGAGUCCCAUAAAAAAAAAAAAAACUGCCGUCAAUUGUGACAAAUUCAGUUAUUUUGACUUAAAAUAAACCUAAACUAGGCCAAUGUUCAAUUGAGACGGUACUUUUCAAAGCUGUUUGAGAAUUUACUAAUAUUUCAUAAAUAAUUGGCCAUUUGUAUGAUUUUUGAAUGGUGUAUACAGUGUAACAGUAACACAUACUGCUUUUUUUUACACUUUUAUCAUGUAAAUAUUGGCGAUGGUAUGAUAAUGGUGUUGAUGUUUUCCUGUUAGUGUCCUCUAUUGUCCGAUUUGAAAGUUUAUUGGUAUAUUUAUGAGAAACGGUGUAUACGCUAUGAUUGGAACAUUUAAUAAUAAACGAUGUAAAUGCCACUAUUUAAAUAUUUUUUUUAAAUGGCAUUAAAUCAUUGUGUGAAUUUUUUUUUAUAAAAAAAAAAUGGUGAAUGCGCCACCUUUGGAACAUUAAUGAGAAAUGGUGUAAACAUCAUCUUUGGAACAUUAAUGAGAAAUGAUGUAAACAUCAUCUUUGGAACAUUAAUGAGAAAUGGUGUAAACUUCAUCUUUGGAACAUUAAUGAGAAAUGGUGUAAACAUCAUAUUUGGAACAUUAAUGAGAAACGGUGUGUUGGUGCCAUCUAUUGAGUAAAAUAGAUAAAACGUCAACGGAGUGAAGUGAGACUUCAACGGUCUGCUACUGCGGUGAUAGACAUGAACUUGACUCGCUCGCUCUCUGUAAUUAGCAAUGAUUGAUCCUAAUAAUAUUUCGUAUAAUAAACUCAUAUUUCACAAAAGUAACAAUAAACGAGUUAUUGAAGAGUUCCUGCACCCAUAAAUUUAUACACACAAAAAGGAAAGGCGCAAACAAAGUGGUCUUCGUAGCCGAAUAUCUGAAGAAUCAGUGGGAAAACAGUCAGAGCCACCAUUCCUUUUGUAUCCUUUUAUCCUAAGCGAAAUUUGUGUUAACAGUGUUUAAACUUCAUUAACAUUUACAACAGUGUAUUUCAUCAAGCGAUUCCUAUUUCCAGACGUAAAGAAAAAAAAAAUAAAUUUGUUAACCACGUCACGUAUACUAAAUUAUAAGUAGGUACUUCUAUCUUUUUUUUAUAUAAACUUCCGAAAUGAGUGACGAUGAAUUUUCAGACAGUAAUCUCGUUGAUUUGCAUAAACUUAAUGAUCUCAAAAAGCUUCGGGGUACAGUGAAGGGUAGAUUAACAUUGUUCGAAAAAUAUAUUAGUAAAUAUAAAUCAUUAACGUUAACGAAAAUGCAAAUCACAGAAAUUAGUUUACGAAUCGAUACAAUUACACAAUGUUUUAAUAACUAUUGUGAUAUUCAAAAUCAAAUAGACGUACUCGUUGACAAAAAGGAAUUAGAAAACCAGUUAGAAUAUAGAGAAUUAAUAGAAGAACAGUACUAUAGUAAUAUCGCCGCUGCAAAAUGUUUGAUAGAGGUGGACAAAAAUACUAAUUCCAAUUGUUCACAGUCCAUAAUUUCAAAACCUGUAGCUUUAAAGCUACCUGAAAUCAAGUUAAUGUGCUUCGACGGAUCGUACGAUUUGUGGUUAGAAUUCAGAAAUUCUUAUAUAACUAUGAUUCAUGAACGUACAGACCUUGAUGCCAUUCAGAAAUUACAUUAUUUAAAAUCCUCUCUUAGCGGUUGUGCAUUACAAGUAAUUAGUGCGUUAGAGUUCACAGCGUCUAACUACAAUCAUGCUUGGGAACUACUUGAAAACAGAUUUCAUAAUAACCGCUUACUAGUUUAUAAUCAUGUGAGAUCACUGUUUUCAGCUUCAUCUGUUACAAAGGAGUCACCGUUGCAAAUAAGAAAACUAAUUGAUACGAUUUUACGAAAUUUACGUGCCCUUCAAACUUUAGGUGAACCGACUGAUUCGUGGGAUACCUUAGUUAUUUAUUUAGUUUUAACUAAAUUAGACGCAAAUACGGAACGAGAAUGGGAAAAUCAUAAAGGUUCGAUUUCCAGUGACCCUAAUAAUAAAUUAAAAUUAGACGAUUUGUUAAACUUUUUGAGAAACAAGGCCGACAUGUUAGAGGUUACUCUCGUAAAUCAUAAGGUACUAGCGAAUAAACCUAUUCUCGAACGUAAACCAGUACACGAUUCUAAAAGAUAUUCGAAUCAUUCACAGUUUACACAUAGUUACGUUACAACGCGAACAAAUAAUAGUAAACUGAAUAAUAAACGCAUACGGAACUGUAUUAUGUGUAGUGAAAACCACGCACUUUAUACUUGUAUAUCCUUUUUAAAUUUAUCUGUAAAAAAUAGAAUUAAAUUGAUAGAUGACAAAAAAUUAUGUCAAAAUUGUUUACGUUCUGGGCACACCGUAAACGAAUGCAUUUUUGGUGCUUGUAAGCGUUGCAAUAAGAAACAUAAUAGUUUAAUUCAUACGGACGGCGAGGUGGUCGCGAGCGCAUUAGCUGAUCGUGCGCAUUAUUCACUACCAGCUGAUAACGCGCGAAGGUCAUCGACCGCACUUCACUCUCAAACGAAUAAUACGGGUGAUUUAAAUACGACUUUAUUUCCUAUGCAACAAGUUCUGUUAUGCACUGCACUUGUUGAUAUAUUCGACGGCAAUAAAAGAUGUUUUACAAUACGUGCACUUCUUGAUAAUGGAAGUCAACAUUCUUUCAUUUCAAAUCAAUUAUUUCAACAAUUAAACAUAUCAUCUAUACAGUCCACUAUACGAAUUACAGGUGUGGGACAAUCACUCACUCAGUCGAAUAAAAUAUGCGAAGUUAAUAUACGAUCGAAGGUAAACGAUUAUAAAAUGCGAGUUCAAUGUAUGGUUUUGCCGUGCAUUACGUCGACCAUACCGUCAAAACCAAUGGAUUAUAAAUCGUUACGUAUUCCGGACAACAUUCAACUUGCCGAUCCCACCUUUAAUGAACCAUCUGCAAUUGACUUAUUAAUAGGUGCGGAUUUGUUUUGGGAUAUAUUAUACGAAAAUAGAAUUCGGUUGCCGAGUGGACCAUUCCUACAGAAUUCUAAAUUGGGAUGGUUAAUAUCAGGUUCCAUUCAUUCCGACAGCUCAUGUCACGGUAAUCCUAUUCAGUGCAACUUGUCGCAAGCGAUAGAUACACAGUUAAAACGAUUUUGGGAAUUAGAAGAAGUAACUAUCACAAAUAAAUUAUUUACGGAAGACGAACAUACAUGCGAACAUUUAUUUGAUACGACUACUAAACGUAACGCUGAUGGUAGAUUUUUAGUGCGAAUUCCCUUACAACAGUCAGCUGAUCAUCUCGGUGACUCAUAUGCACUCGCUAAAUCCCGUUUCUUAUCGCUAGAACGUAAGUUGGAACGAUUACCGUUCUAUAAAAAAUUAUAUUAUGAUUUUAUACAUGAAUAUGUUGAAUUAGGGCAUAUGACGAAGGUAGAUGAAUAUAAUAAACCGUAUUACUUCCUUCCACACCAUGGUGUUUUACGUGAGCACAGUACGACAACAAAAUUGCGUGUUGUUUUUGAUGCUAGUGCUGUGACCACGUCGAACAAAUCGCUUAACGAUAUUCAGUAUGUCGGUCCGCCUCUUCAAAACGAUAUCUUUUCAAUACUAUUGCGAUUUAGACAGUACAAAUUUGUAGCUUCCGCCGAUGUUGAAAAGAUGUUUCGGCAAAUCUUAAUACAAACGGAUCAAAGAAAUUUACAACUAAUUGUGUGGAGAGAGAAUCCUUCAGAUCCCCUGUCCAUUUACCGGUUAAAUACGGUUACAUAUGGAACUGCGUCAGCGCCGUACUUAAGCAUGCGUUGUCUGAAACAAUUGGCUAUUGAGUGUGGUGAUGAUAUGAUUGCUAAGAUAAUAAACGAAGAUUUCUAUGUCGAUGACCUAAUUACCGGUCACGAUGAUAAGCAGAUUUUACUGGAGAUAUGCAAUAAAGUAUCGCAAGUGUUAUCAUCAGGUUGUUUUACACUAAGAAAAUGGACAUUUAGUCACGAUGUAAAAACGAGUAGUUCUAAAGAGUUAUGUACGGGCGAUCAUUGUCAGAAUAAAACUCUCGGUAUAGGUUGGUACAACACUAGCGACGAGUUACAUUUCACUACCGCAAUCACUGAGUCACACGUAGUCACAAAGCGAACUAUUUUAUCUAUUUUAUCGCAGAUCUAUGAUCCACUUGGUCUUUUGACACCGGUCAUUAUUAUUGCAAAAAUAUUAUUACAACACCUAUGGUUGUGUAAAAUUCAUUGGGAUGACACGGUUCCAGAAAAUAUAAAAUUAAAUUGGGAAAAAUUCAUUAAUUCAUUAAAAUCUUUACACGAAUUAAGAAUUCCGCGUUAUAUAAUGAGUGAUAAUAACGAAAUAAAGGAAUUACAUAUAUUCACGGAUGCAUCUCAGAAUGCAUACGGUGCAUGCGCAUAUAUUCGUACUUAUAAUAAGAACAUAAAUUCCCCAGUAACAAUUAAAUUAUUAUGCGCCAAAAGUAAAGUAUCACCUAUUAAACCUGUCACCAUCCCGAGACUGGAGCUAUGCGGCGCAUUGUUAGGUGCCAGAUUAUACAAAAAAAUCGUGUCCUCACUUAGACUUAAAUUCGAUAAGGUCUAUUUUUGGACAGAUUCGACUAUAGUUAUGGGAUGGGUUCGUAUGUCACCACAUUUGUUGAAAACGUUCGUACAACAUCGUGUAACUGAAAUAAAUGAGUUAACGGGUGAUGCAAUUUGGUUGCAUGUUAAUGGCAAAAAUAAUCCGGCCGAUCUCGCGUCUAGGGGUGCCUAUCUCGAUAUACUUGUUGACUGUACAUUGUGGUGGCACGGUCCUACAUUUUUACACGGUCGGCAAUUUAAUUGUAAAGUUGACCAUAGUACUUAUACUUCUAUAGAGCUACCAGAAGUAAAAAAUGAAAUUGUAUGUGCUGCUUCAAACAUAAAAGAUAGUUUUAUCAACUUUUCACGAUUCUCUUCGUUCGAACGUUUGAAACGUACUGGUGCUUAUGUGUUGCGAUUCAUAACUAACAUACGGUCGCCCAAGCACCUGCGUACAACUGGUUCGUUGUCGGUGGAUGAGUUAAGCGCAUCAAUAACAAUGCUAGCUCGACUUGAGCAAAUACAAUCAUUUCCGGAUGAAUACGACAGCUUACUAAAACAAUUACCAUUAAAUCAAACCAAAUCGAAUAAAGUGUCCGGUCUCAACAUAUUUCUAGAUCAAAGUGGCCUAAUUAGAGUUGGUGGCAGAUUGCGUAACUCACGUCACUUCGAUUAUAAUAAAAAACACCCAAUAUUAAUUUCAAGUAAAAAUUAUUUUAGUACACUUUUGUUUAGAGAUGAACAUAAAAGGUUACUACAUGCGGGACCCCAAUUACUUUUAUCUACAAUUCGAGAAAAUUGGUGGCCACUCGCGGGUCGAAACCUAGCUAGGAAAGUUGUACGGCAAUGCGUUACAUGUGUACGCAUGAGAGGGAAAACCUUAACGCCAAUAAUGGGCGACUUACCGUCUGAACGUUUAGAACCAGGUUACCCUUUCAUGCGUUGUGGCGUCGACUAUGCCGGACCGGUGAUGAUACUGAAUCGCAGAGGACGAGGUGCUGCACUUAUGAAAGGUUAUAUCUGUAUAUUUGUGUGUUUUACCACUCGUGCUAUACAUUUGGAAUUAGUAUCUAGUCUUUCUACAAAUGAUUAUUUACUCGCUUUAAAACGUUUUAUUUCUCGUCGCGGUAAGCCGAUAGAAAUAUUUAGUGACAAUGGAAAAGUUUUUGUGGGUUCACAGAAAGAAUUGUCAUUAUUUCUAAAUGAAAAUGCUACUCAAAUCGAAGAUUUCACUACAAACAAUGGUAUUAAAUUGCGAUUCAUUCCGCCGUAUGCUCCUCAUUUCGGUGGUUUAUGGGAGAUAGGGGUCCGCUUUUGUAAGCACCAUAUUAGACGAGUUGUUGGCAAUAGUAACUUAACCUUUGAAGAAUUUACGACUGUCCUAACACAGAUAGAAGCUAUCCUAAAUUCUCGUCCUAUGUACCCAUUGUCCUCGGAUCCUAAUGAUUUCCUUCCCCUUACUCCUUCACAUUUUCUUAUCGGGCGGCCUCUGACCGCGCUUCCUUGCAAAGACCUGACGUCUACUGCAACUCAUCGCCUGAUGCGAUAUGACCGUAUAGAGCAAAUGAGGCAACAUUUCUGGCAACGCUGGUCUAAGGAGUACGUAUCGGAGCUUCAAACCAGAACGAAGUGGAAGGUACAGCAGCCAGAUAUCGGCCAAGACACAUUAGUUCUCAUCAAAGAAGAUAACCUACCACCACUAAAAUGGCGGAUGGGUCGAAUUCUGCGCACUUUUCCAGGCAAGGAUGGAGUAUCCCGAGUGGCAGAGAUUCGCACUGCAACUGGUAUCAUACAACGUGCCACUUCCAAAAUAUGUCCGCUUCCACCUCAGCCAUCAGAUGCAGAAUGAAAGGAGGAGAAAGACGAUCCUGUCUAUGUUGAAAUCUGUAUACCUGCAGCUUUCAAAGGCGGGGCCAUGUUGGUGCCAUCUAUUGAGUAAAAUAGAUAAAACGUCAACGGAGUGAAGUGAGACUUCAACGGUCUGCUACUGCGGUGAUAGACAUGAACUUGACUCGCUCGCUCUCUGUAAUUAGCAAUGAUUGAUCCUAAUAAUAUUUCGUAUAAUAAACUCAUAUUUCACAAAAGUAACAAUAAACGAGUUAUUGAAGAGUUCCUGCACCCAUAAAUUUAUACACACAAAAAGGAAAGGCGCAAACACGGUGUUAACACCAUCUUUGGAACAUUAAUGAGAAAUGGUGUAAACAUCAUAUUUGGAACGUUAAUGAGAAACGGUGUUAAUACCAUCUUUAGAACAUUAAUGAGUAAUGGUAUAAAUAUCAUAUUUGGAACAUUAAUGAGAAAUGGUGUUAACACCAUCUUUAGAAAAUUAAUGAGUAAUGGUAUAAAUAUCAUAUUUGGAACAUUAAUGAGAAAUGGUGUUAACACCAUCUUUAGAAAAUUAAUGAGUAAUGGUAUAAAUAUCAUAUUUGGAACAUUAAUGAGAAAUGAUGUAAACACCUAUGUUGAUUAAACAGUGACGUGUUUGUUUUAUAUUGUGAAAAAGAUUUAUUAUUGUUAUUGUAUUAAUUAAAAAUUAAUAAUAAAAGAGCUACUUUUACUGAGCGAACCGUAUGCUUAAUAUUCGCUCAUGAUAAAUAAAAAUAAUGUAAUAUUAAUUAUAUGAAAUUUUCCAAAUUUUUCCUACAGACUACAGUAUGGGGUUCUUCAAAAAGGGUACAUUUCCUUUAGACACCCCUAGUGUUGCAAGUGGUCAUAGGCUACAGUGACCGUUUACCAUCAGACGGGCUGUAUGCUUGUUUGCCACCUUUGAUAUAUAAAAGUAAAGAUAUUCUCAAGUCAAACCGUGACUUUUUUUAUAUAGUUCAUUUUAUACUGUAGUCUCUAGGGAAACCUCAGCAGGUAGCUCCUUCCACAGCCCGAGCGUUCGCGAGGGAAAAAUUCCUUCGAAACCGCACUGUACGUAACUGUUUAGGUUCUUUAUAUCCAAAUUAAUUCACUACACCGUUUGGGAUAGCUCAAUUGUUUUUUUAAAUUAUAUUAAUUUAAAUUAAUUAAAUAUUCUUAUUGUUAAAAUUAUUAAUUAAAUUAAUUUUAUAUAAUUAUUUAUAUAAUUAAUUAAUUAUAUUUAAUUUUUAAUUAAUACGUGGUGUUAUCUAUGUCUCGGAAUUCAUGUAAGGAAAUUGUGGAAUAAGUUUGUAAUGCUGCCGUCAUAUCAGCGGAAUGAUUGUGUCGUUGUGUGACCUUAAAAUUGUUUUCAGCAAUAAGGCAACCUUAUUAUAACCUUAUAACAACCUGAUACAAAUUGUUUGUAUGUGAGAUACUAUUAUUUUAUUCUGUUAGUCAUUAAUUGUCCACAGGUGAACAUAUCCUCCUCCAUAAGGGAGGUUUUGCCAGUACUUGCCACACUUGACAGGCGGGUUGGUAACCGCAGUUAGACUUUGGUGAUGUUUUAAAGUUGGCAAUAUUAUUAUAAUAAUUAAAAUGAAAAGAGAAGAAAUAAAUCAAUAUUAAACGAAGCAUAAUUUCACUAUAAAAGUAUGAAAUUUGAUAUGUUAUAAAUGGGGUGAAUUUAUGCGAGUGGCUACAUUUUGCCCUAUACAGGUUUACUAAUAUUUUGUA